AUGAGUGAUGGGGAAUUAUGUAAUGAGCUGAAAAAGCAACAAGAUGAGGUCAAGCGAUUAAAACUUUUAAUAUUAAAACAAGAAGAUUCUCAGACUGAGAUAGUGAGUUCAUAUGAGGAACAGAUUGAAAAACUCAAAUCUGACAUUUCUUUAAUUCCAAAGCAAACCGAGCAAAUUAAGACUUUAACUCUUCAAGUCGCACAACUUCAAGAAACCAUUUCUAAACAAACGACCGACAUCCAGAACAAGCAACGAAUCAUUCAAACACUGAGUGGGAUUGGUCGAAAGAUGAAAGAAGAACAAGACACAAUUUUCAAAGAAAAAAUGGAUGUCCUCAAUGAGGAAUUGGUAGCUUCUCAGAAAGCGACCGUUGACGCUCAAAAUGUCAACAAAGCACUCAACAAACAAAUCGAUGAGUUCAAAAAGACUGUUUUGGAGUUAGAGGAACUGAAGACGACAAACGCACAGAGGAAUGAGACGAUCACUAAACUCUAUGAAGAGAAUGAAACACUGAAAAAGGCGGUGGAACACUUCACACAAGACAUGCAGAGCAGAAUUAUGAAUGAGUCGUUCUAUGUCGAUAAAAGAAUAGUUAAUAAACUACUUAUUAGUUAUAUCACUAAACCACACCAAAGAACGGAAAUAGUCGAGUUGAUGUCGAAAAUCAUGGAUUUCACUCAAGAAGAAAAACAGGUCCUUGGAGUCGCAAAAGAAACAGAGAGCAAAGGUAUCUUCUCGUACUUCUUUGGUAAAACAGAUGAAUACGAACAAGCACCAAAAUAUGAUAUCAAAGAUAAAACCUUUGGCGAUCUUUGGGUCGAAUUUUUGUUGAGAGAGUCCGGAUCACUCGACUCAGGAACUUCACACCAAGUCGAACAAAGUCAACAACAAGACCUUAAAGAUAUUAAAGAAAUGAAAGAAGUCAAAGAAAUCACAGAAGAACAAGAGCCCAAAGACUCACAACCUAUUCCUCAAUGA